AUGCUCGGCUCUAUCAUUGCUGUGGCGUUCUUAGUUAUCGGUAGUCAGGCAGCCAUCACUGACAAGAAUUGCACCAGUGCCGAUGGAAAGUGGACUGAAAGAGCACUAGGAUGCGACAACGCCGUGUCGGAUGCGAUCUGCGAUACGAUCGUUGUUGCCCAAACAGCCCUUGCCGUUGGAACUGACACCGAUCGUGCGGCGAAUUGCUACCAGAUGAACAAAGCUGAUUCUGAAGAAAUGAAGCAAGCAAUGAUCAAGAUGUGUCCGAAAACGUGCGGAUAUUGCUGCUUGACUGACGCGUAUAACUGUGUGAAUAGAGAGUGUAGGUUACUUUUCAGUGUUUCCGAAUAA